CGGGGCGCAGGGGCGCGGGGUCUGCGGGAAUCCCCGAGGGGGCGCGGCCCAUCGGGACCCCGCGCCCUGCCGCUGGCCGCCCGGGGGCGGAGGGGAGGGGCCCCGGCAGCCUUAUUUCCUCGAGCGUCGCUCCGAGCCCGGCCCGUGGAACGCAGCGCCAGCCCUCCCGCGUCCAUGCAGCCCCGCCCGCAAGCGCAGCCCGCCCCUGGGCCCGGGGGCCCGCGCUCCACCGUCCCGCACCCCGCCGCCCCGAUGCUGGCGCUGCUGCUGCUGCUGGCCCUCCGGGGCUCGGCGGCGGCACCCGCGGGCUCCGAGGGUCCCCAGGGCUCGGCGGCGGCACCCGAGGGUCCCCAGGACUCCGCGUGGCAGCGGGACUCCGAACUCCCGCAUGGGCUGCUGCAGCAGGCGGCGCGGGCGGCGCUGCACUUCUUCAACUUCCGCGCGGGCUCGCCCAGCGCCCUGCGAGUGCUGGCCGCCGUGCAGCAGGGCCGCGCGUGGAUUAAUUCAAAGAAGGAAUGUCAAGUUGACCUGGAGUUCACCACAGAGCACUACAACCCAGAGGAAGGCGAGGAACGUUUGGGGAAAUGCUCCGCUCAAGUGUUUUUCAAGAAUGAGAAACCCAGGCCCACCAUCAAUGUCACCUGUACGCGGUUCAUGGAAAAGAGCAAAAGACAGCAAGAGGAUUACCUGCUCUACAAGCACAUGAAGCAGCUCAAAGACCCCGUGGAUGUCAUCAGCAUACCUGACAGUCAUGGACAUAUUGAUCCCUCGCUCAGACCCAUCUGGGACUUAGCUUUCCUUGGCAGCUCUUACGUGAUGUGGGAAAAGACAACGCAGUUCUUACACUACUACAUGGCACAGCUCAGCAGUGUGAAGCAGUGGAAAACAGAUGAGGAUGCCAUUGAUUUUGACUAUACGGUCCUACUCCAUGAAUUCUCAACACAGGAAAUCAUUCCCUGUCGUAUUCACUUGGUCUGGCACCCGAGCAAACCCCUUAAAGUGAAGUACCACUGUCAGGGGCCGCAGGCACCAGAGGAAGCCUCUGGAAUUGAAGACGGAUCAGCUGCGGCACCAACGACGGGACUUACCAAUUACUGAAAAGGAAAGAAGACCUGCUGUCCCAAAUCCUAAACACAAUGACUGUACAAAGCAGCCUAAGUCAUUAUUCUAGUAAAAUAGCCAGUGUCUAAGGCAUCCUAAUAAUUCGGAAAGCCUGCGAUGCUCAACAAUGAAAAGAUACUGGGUUUUUUACAAGAUAAUAUAUUUCAAUGAAAGCCAAUUGUAGGGAAAAUAUUAUCUGUUUAAAAGGAAUUAUACUAUUUUUAUGAUUUUAAGCAAGUAUUCUUUUAUAACUUGAUAGCUACUUUUAAAUAAAUGUUUACAUUUCUAAAUCAACUGUUAAGUAUGUUUGUAGAGAUUUGUAGGCAAAUUCUGUGCUAAGAUGGAUUUAAAUGAACUCUUAAUAUUGUUUAAUUCAUAUUUUACAAAUAAAAAUAGAGCGUCUCACAGAUAAAGCCUAGUGUCUGCAAACAUGUAUUAAAUGGGACAGUGAUGUAACUGUAAGUAUAGAAAGUAUUUACAGUUUUCACUUUUAAGGACAACUUGGACCCAGUGCUGGCAUAAGUAAUUUACAACAACAGGGGGGAGAGAUUAACCGGGGAACUUAUAUGCAUAUAAGUGCAUAGCCCAUGGACAACAGGGUGGCGAAGGGUGGGUGUGGGGAGGAGGUGGUCAAUGGGAAAAAAACAAUAAACACAAAGGGGACAUCUUUUACUUUUAACAAUAAGAUUUUUUUUUU